AUGACAACAUAUGAUUUGCAUGUGGCAAUUUUCGCCUCCUUGUUCAACAGUUCGGACACGACGGAUUCACUGGACAGAAAUGUAAGGCUGAGAUUUGGUCGUUACCUGUAUUCUGACCCAGCACAUCAGCGGAGCCUACACCUGCAGUUGCAGCCAUCUCUCCUCCAGUUGAAGCCAGUGUCGUCCCUGUGGUGCCCACAGAGAUGGAUGCACCACCACCAUUGGCACCGACAUCACCAACAUUGGCUCCCACUCAGGUGCCCAAACCGAUGUCAGUGGACCAACCACCCCCAGAAGAUCAUCAUACUGCUCUAGAAGAUCUUUCUCGAUGUGGGCAUGCAUCGUCUCUGGAUUUUUGGCCGGUGAUCCCAGUCAUUCCU